CGCCAGCUCCCAUCUCAUUAGGAGCGGCUCAGUGCAGCGGGACGGGGCGAAGCGGCUGGCGCCCGCGGAGCGCACCACACUGCCCGGAACGCGGCACCAUUCUCGUCCCUCCAGCUGCUCCCCCGGGACCUUCCAGCGGCUUCGCGCGCGCACGAUGCCUUCGGCCACCAGCCACAGCGGAAGCGGCAGCAAAUCGUCGGGACCACCACCGCCAUCGUCGGGUUCCUCCGGGAACGAGGCGGGGGCCGGGGCCGCUGCGCCAGCUUCUCAGCACCCCGCCACCGGGACCGGCGCCGUCCAAACCGAGGCCAUGAAGCAGAUCCUGGGGGUGAUCGACAAGAAACUUCGCAACCUGGAGAAGAAAAAGGGUAAGCUUGAUGAUUACCAGGAACGAAUGAACAAAGGGGAAAGGCUCAAUCAAGAUCAGCUGGAUGCUGUAUCUAAAUACCAGGAAGUCACAAAUAAUUUGGAGUUUGCAAAAGAAUUGCAGAGGAGUUUCAUGGCAUUAAGUCAAGAUAUUCAGAAAACAAUAAAGAAGACAGCUCGUCGGGAACAGCUUAUGAGAGAAGAAGCUGAACAGAAACGUUUAAAAACUGUACUUGAGCUACAAUACGUUUUGGACAAAUUGGGAGAUGAUGAAGUGCGAACUGACCUGAAACAAGGUUUAAAUGGAGUGCCAAUAUUGUCUGAAGAAGAAUUAUCGUUGUUGGAUGAAUUCUACAAGCUAGUGGACCCUGAACGGGACAUGAGCUUAAGGUUGAAUGAACAGUAUGAACAUGCCUCCAUUCACCUUUGGGACUUGUUGGAAGGAAAGGAAAAAUCUGUAUGUGGAACAACCUAUAAAGCUUUAAAGGAAAUUGUUGAGCGUGUUUUUCAGUCAAACUACUUUGAUAGCACCCACAAUCACCAGAAUGGGCUGUGUGAAGAAGAAGAAGCAGCCUCUGCACCUACAGGAGAAGACCAGGUAGCUGAAGCUGAACCUGAACCAGCAGAAGAAUACACUGAACAAAGUGAAGUUGAAUCAACAGAGUAUGUAAAUAGACAAUUUAUGGCAGAAGCACAGUUCGGCAGUGGUGAAAAAGAGCAGGUAGAUGAGUGGACAGUUGAAACUGUUGAGGUGGUAAAUUCACUCCAGCAACAACCACAGGCUGCAUCUCCUUCAGUACCUGAGCCCCACUCUUUGACUCAGGUGGCUCAGGCAGAUCCCCUUGUGAGGAGACAGCGAGUACAAGAUCUAAUGGCACAAAUGCAAGGUCCUUACAAUUUCAUACAGGACUCAAUGCUGGAUUUUGAAAACCAGACACUUGAUCCUGCCAUUGUAUCUGCACAGCCUAUGAAUCCAACCCAAAAUAUGGACAUGCCUCAGCUGGUUUGCCCUCCAGUUCAUUCUGAGUCUAGACUUGCUCAACCUAAUCAAGUGUCUGUACAACCAGAAGCUACACAGGUUCCGUUGGUUUCAUCCACAAGUGAGGGUUAUUCAGCGUCUCAGCCCUUGUACCAGCCUUCUCAUGCUACAGAGCAACGACCACAGAAGGAACCAAUUGAUCAGAUUCAGGCAACAAUCUCUUUAAAUACAGACCAGAGUACAGCGUCAUCAUCCCUUCCUGCUGCUUCUCAGCCUCAAGUAUUCCAAGCUGGGACAAGUAAACCUUUGCAUAGCAGUGGAAUCAAUGUAAAUGCAGCUCCAUUCCAAUCCAUGCAAACGGUGUUCAAUAUGAAUGCUCCUGUUCCUCCUGUUAAUGAACCCGAAACUUUAAAACAGCAAAAUCAGUACCAGGCCAGUUAUAACCAGAGCUUUUCUAGUCAGCCGCAUCAGGUGGAACAAACAGAGCUCCAGCAAGAACAGCUUCAAACAGUAGUUGGCACUUACCACGGUUCCCAGGACCAGUCCCAUCCAGUGACCGGCAACCACCAGCAGCCUCCUCAACAGAACACUGGAUUUCCUCGGGGCAGUCAGCCUUAUUACAAUAGUCGUGGUGUGUCUCGUGGAGGUUCCCGUGGUGCUAGAGGCUUGAUGAAUGGAUACCGGGGACCUGCCAAUGGGUUCAGAGGAGGAUAUGAUGGUUACCGCCCUUCAUUCUCUAACACUCCAAACAGUGGUUACACACAGUCUCAGUUCAGUGCUCCCCGAGACUACUCUGGCUACCAGCGGGAUGGAUAUCAGCAGAAUUUCAAGCGAGGCUCUGGGCAGAGUGGACCACGGGGAGCCCCACGAGGUCGUGGAGGGCCCCCAAGACCCAACAGAGGGAUGCCGCAAAUGAACACUCAGCAAGUGAAUUAAUCUGAUUCACAGGAUUAUGUUUAAUCGCCAAAAACACACUGGCCAGUGUACCAUAACAUGUUACCAGAAGAGUUAUUAUCUAUUUGUUCUCCCUUUCAGGAAACUUAUUGUAAAGGGACUGUUUUCAUCCCAUAAAGACAGGACUACAAUUGUCAGCUUUAUAUUACCUGGAUAUGGAAGGAAACUAUUUUUACUCUGCAUGUUCUGUCCUAAGCGUCAUCUUGAGCCUUGCACAUGAUAUUCAGAUUCCUCACCCUUGCUUAGGAGUAAAACAGUAUACUUUAGGGGAUAAUAAUAUCUCCAUAGUUAUUUGAAGUGGCUUGAAAAAGAGUAACUUUGGCUUUUGACAUUGGGUAAAAUAUACAAAUUAGCCCCAGAGUUAUUCAGUGGUAAUUGAAAAAACUAGGACAUUUUCCUUGAAAGGAAGAUGGAGGGAGUGGAGUGUGGUUUGGCAGAAGAACUGCAUUUCACAGUAUUUCCAUUUAAAUUGGAGCACAGAAUGUUUAGAUGCAUACCAAAUUAUGCAUGGGUCCUUAAUCACACAUGUAAGGCUGGCUAUUAGCUUUGACACAGCACUGUUCAUCUGGCCAAACGACUGUGAUUAAAAACACAUGUAAGUUGCUUAACAGCUGAUACUAUAUAAAACAGCCAGAAUGUAAAUUAGGCUUUGAUUGGCACCUUUUGAAAAAUAUGCAACAAAUAAUGGGAUAUAAUCUGGACAGGCUGCUUAUAUAUUUAAUGUGAAGUAUUUAGAUACCUUUUGAACUAUUAACAGUUUCUUUGAGACUUUCAUAAGGAUUGGUACUAUAUAUACAUAUAUAUCUAUAUAGAUAUGUCUAUCUGUAUAGAUCAUUCCUUAUGAUGUGUAUCGUCAUCACUAAUCCUUGAAUCUUUGUUGUAUUGUCACCUAAAUUGGUUCAGGUACUGAUGAAAAUCUUUAAUGGAUAAUCAUAACACCUUUUGGUCACAUUUUUUUUCCUGCAGCUUGAGAGUUCUUUAAAGAAAAAGAUAAAAAUGCCUGCUGCUACCACCCAUUUAAAUUGCUAUCUUUUGAAAAGCACCAGUAUGUGUUUUAGAUUGAUUUCCCUGUUUUAGGGAAAUGACAGUCAAUAACUUCAGUUCUCAUGGUAAUAAAACAAAUAAAACGUGUUUAUAAAAGUUGUAUUUUGAAACACUGGAGUUCAACAGCUAGCAGCUUGUGUGAUUCACCCCACUUAUUGCUAGUGUCACAAAUUUUAAUGGUUAUCUCCAGCAGCUGUAUUAUACACACUUUUGUCUAAUUGAACUUUAAUUGAAUUCUCCUUGUCUCAUGGAGGCAUUUAUGUGAGAGUGGUAAUUCUUACUCUUAGAUGCAUAGGGAGAGUCUUGAGUUUGAUAGAGAUGGAGAGUUUAGUAGUGGCUUAGUCAUACGUACUGUGUUGGAAUUUGUGCUAGCAGUUUGAGCACUAGAUCUGUGUGCCUAAGAACUUAAUGCUGCUUGUUAUUUCGUUCCACUUUGACUUUAUGGAGAAUUACGCCCACCUAUUAAGCAAAGGCUACUAAGUUAAUGGUAUUUUCUGUGCAGAAAUUAAAUUUUAUUUUUAGCCUUUAGCUAAGGAAUUUUUCCAAUAGGAAUUCAAUUCCUUAAAAACAAAACAGUUAUUCUCAAACAUUCAUCAUUAGAGAACUGGAGGUUUUUUUAUUUUUAUUUUUGCUGGUUUUGUAACCUAAAAUGGAUAGGCUGUUGAACAUUCCACAUUCAAAAGUUUUGUAGGGUGGUGGGUAAUGGGGGAAUCUUCGAUGUUUAUUUUAAAAUAAAUAAAAGUAAGUUCUUGACUUUU